CCAAGAUUAAUUUUGUGUUGUACAUUAAUAUAAUCAAAUAAAUUAAAUAACAAGCAAACAUGGUUGACAAGAUCGAUAUGGCAUUGGACGAUAUUAUAAAAGCAACCAGAAAAGGUGGUAGAGGAGGUGGAGGAGCUGGAAGAAAAUUUGAUAACAGAAGACCGGGCCGCGGAGGUGGUGCAGGAUUUCGCAAUGGCCGCGCUGGAGGCGUAUUGCGAGGUAGAAGUCGUGGCGGAGUAUCCAAGCCUGCUAACUACUCCAGGGGUGAUGUUAACAGCACUUGGAAACAUGACAUGUUCAGUGACUUUGGAGACAGGAAGAUUCAGAGACAAGGUCCAAUAACAAUGGGCCCCACCAAACUGUUGGUGUCUAAUCUGGACUUUGGGGUGUCUGAUUCGGAUAUUCAAGAGCUUUUCUCCGAGUUUGGCAUUCUGAAAAGUGCCGCUGUACACUAUGACAGAUCAGGCAGGUCCCUUGGGACAGCUGAUGUGUUGUUUGAAAGGAGAGCAGAUGCAUUAAAGGCCAUGAAGCAAUACAACGGAGUUCCUUUAGAUGGACGUGCAAUGAAUAUCCAGUUAGCCACAUCUGAAAUCAGUUCUUUCAGAAGUGAUGCUGGGGGCAGGCUUGGUGGAGGUGGACCAAUUAGGCGAAAUUCUAAUAGAGGUAAUGUACGGAGUCAAGGUGUUGGUGGUGGACCUCGUGGAGCCCCUCGCCGUGGUCGUGGUGCCGCCGCUACUGGCGCUAAACGCGGCAAACGUCCUGUGCCUACAGCAGAACAACUAGAUGCUGAACUUGAUGCUUAUGUCAAAGAAAUCAAGUGAAAACGGCUGGUUUGGACAGUGACAGAGACACUAAAUAUGAUGUUAAGUGCAAAACAACAAAUAACACAAUUAAGUGUUUAAUUUUACGAAUUUCUAAAAAACCAAUUGUUUUUGAUUACUAAAGUUAAUUUUAACGUACGUAGUAUUAUGACAUCAGCGACGAUUGUGGUCAAGAUUGUGAAGUAUAUAAUUUG